AUGGCACUGGCCAUCGCUUUCAUCGUUCUUAGCUACUUUAAUCUCCUACGAUCCAUACGUUUCUUACCACUUGGAAAGCCCCACUCAAAGGCCAAGAGACUCUCAAAUCCGGAACUAUGUCGUGCAUUGAUAGCCUGCGCCCUGGUCUAUGACAGCAAGGUCAAUCGACUAUCUCCCCUGGAAUCGCGAGCCCUAGCAAACAAAAGACUACAGAGUGCUUUUGGGAUUCACAAUGCUUUCACCACCACCGACAAAAGACUUGCACAAGACUUUGUCAGAGAUAUGAAGGAUCGGAUGUACCGCACCCCCUUCGAGCAACUCAAACUGAGUCAUCUUCCCGGUCUCACUCGAAAAUGGAUCGAGCGCGGUUUCAAUACGGACGAUGAAUCUUGGGGGGUUCCAAAGGGACUUACAAGCCGCGAGGAAAGCCCAAAUGGCUUUGGGGUCAAUGCUACGAGCUUGGUGCAGGUUCUUACAUUCAAGGCCCUGCUUAUCUGUGUUUGCGACGGAUCAGAAGUCAACCAUGACCUUCCUCCCUCGAAAAUUGCUAUAUUGGCGCGGUGCAUCAAUCAUACCUGGAUCAAUUCUAAGGAGGAGCACAUUGUCAAGUUCGAAGACAACCGUGAGCUUCAAGCCUUGCUUCGAGAGGCUUUUCCUUGCCAUGGUCAAGGAACAUACAAUAUGCUCAAUAUCCUCAUCCUGUCCUUCGAAACUAUGUGGCGUGUUGUGUUGCGCGGCUUCCUACAAGUGCGAUUCUCCGGAAGUACCCGCCGCGAAUGGUGUAGUGUCUUGGCUGGAUUUGUGAAGUCGCACACCAAGGAGCAAUUUGAAUGGUAUCCCGAACGGGAGGUACUGUCUGUUGAUGAGGGAAUUAAGCCACUCCCCAAGGGUUCCACCUGGGCCUCAUCAUCCGCCGAGGAGGUUGUCAAGGAGGUUCUGAGGCUCUACCCUCCAUCCCGCCGGAUCUUUCGAGCUUAUCAAUGGGUCGAAAAUUCAAAAUACUCCAACGUAAAAGAUUGGGGAACGAAGGACUCGCAAUUGAAUAUCAAACAACGUGCUGAUGAUUACAAUCGGGGUGCACGAAGUAAUGAGGAAAUCAUUGCGGCUGAUGUCGAAGCCUGCCAUCUGGACCCGGGCAUAUGGGGUAUAGAUGCAGAGACUUUGACCCGUUGCGCUGGCGAGAAAUGA